AUGUGGUCUGAACAGACGAUCGGGCUGACCCUGGCAGUCUGCUCGAGCAUUUUCAUCGGGUCGAGCUUUAUCAUCAAAAAACGGGGGCUCAGGGUGGCUGGCAGCACAGGAUUGCGCGCAGGCGCUGGCGGCUUUGGUUACCUGCGGGAGCCGAUCUGGUGGGCGGGCUUGCUGACUAUGGUGGUGGGAGAGGUCGCGAACUUCGCAGCCUACGCGUUUGCGCCCGCCAUCCUGGUUACGCCGCUUGGCGCGCUCAGCAUCAUCAUCAGCAACAACAACAACAACAACAACAACAACAACAACAACAACAACAACAACAACAACAACAACAACAACAACAACAACAACAACAACAACAGCAGCAGCAGCAGCAGCAGCAGCAGCAGCAGCAGCAGCAGCAGCAGCAGCAGCGACACCAGCGCCCUACUGGCGGAUUUCAUCCUGAACGAAAAGCUCAACGUUUUUGGAUGGGUCGGCUGUGCGCUGUGCAUCAAUGGCAGCAUCACAAUCGUGCUGCACGCGCCGGCAGAGCGGCAGCUGCAAAGCGUGCUGGAAGUGUGGGAUAUGGCCAUGCAGCCAGGUUUCUUGCUGUACGCUGGGUUGGCCACCCUGACGAUUGUGUACCUCAUAUACUGGGUGGCGCCCAAGCACGGCACCACCAACAUAUUUGUCUACAUCGGCAUCUGCUCGACAGCUGGCAGCCUAUCAGCGUUGGGUAUAGCCCUGAAGCUGACCUUCCAGGGCAACAACCAGAUGCUGGACCCUCACACCCUCGUGUUCAUAGUGGUGCGCUCUCCUGCCUACCAACGUCACCUCUAA